CUGUCAUUAUCGUUGAUGUCAUUACAAAUGAAAAAAGGAAACAGAAAUUGGAAUUUUCACAAUUCUGUCGGCUAAUAGUAAAUUCUUUAAAUUGUUUUUGCUAUAGGUUGCUCUGAUUUAUUUGUUUCAUAAGUAUCACUACUCCACCGGUUAUAAUUCAAUAUGCUUGAAAAAUCAUGAACUGUUAAGGCUGAGUUUUGCGUAAUGAGUCGCAAUGUCAUUGACACCAGAAAUUGAAAGUGUAUCAACACCAAACGAAGAAAGUCCAGUGCACCAACUAAAACGUUCCCAGAGUUCUACUCAUCCAAUUACUUUAAUCUUACCUACGAGCGGUAAAUUGUUCUACGAAAAAAAAAAAGAUUUUCAGCUGUGCAAACCGCAGCUUCUGCCACUGAAAUCUUUCAGCUUGGAGAAGCUUGAGAAGAUGCAACAGGAAGCCUGUCGACAGCUACAGGAAACACGAAUCCGCACUGCAACAACUAACCAAUUUUAG